ACUGACAGCUUUGGAAAGUAUAAAUAUUGAGUACUAGAUAAAGUUCAAAAGUAAUUCCCAGGCCCCAGUAGAUUCACUGUGCAUCUGAAAGUCCUGGAUAUCCUUCAGAGCUCAACAUAACGAAGAAUAUAUUCAUACACAAUGGGGAAUCAAGAGUCUGCCCUAAAUGACACUCACAGUGAUUAUUAUCACCAUAGCCCAGAUCGUGUAAGAAAUCAAAUUGGCUCCAAUACUCAAGAUCAGCCUACUACUUAUGCAGAAAGCUCCGUGGAUUCUAACUAUCGAGCUCAAGUUACAUCAUAUGCCGGAGGUUCAGAUAGAGCGAACUACCAAAGGAGCCAGCAAGCCUCUUACAUAGCUGAUAACUAUAAAUCUUUAGAUGAGGUUGUUACCGCAUUACGAGAAGCAGGCCUUGAAUCGUCAAACUUGAUUCUUGGCAUUGAUUUCACCAAAAGCAAUGAAUGGACAGGGAAGUCUUCAUUUAACAGGAGAAGCCUCCACUCAAUUGGUCACACAGCUAACCCAUACGAGCAAGCCAUCUCUAUAAUUGGGCGAACUUUGUCUCCUUUUGAUGAAGACAACAUGAUACCUUGUUUUGGAUUUGGUGAUGCAACCACACAUGAUCAACAUGUGUUUAGCUUUUACCCUGAUCGUCGCCCUUGCAAUGGAUUUGAGGAAGCUCUUGCAAGAUAUAAGGAAAUUGUUCCUUAUCUGAAAUUAUCAGGUCCAACUUCAUUUGCCCCAAUAGUCAAUGCUGCAAUUGAUAUAGUGGAAGCAAAUAAUGGGCAGUACCAUGUCCUUGUCAUUAUUGCAGACGGACAGGUAACAAGGCCCGUUGACACUCCCCCUGGAAGCCUUAGCCCUCAAGAACAGGCUACUAUGAAUUCUAUUGUUGCUGCUAGUGAAUAUCCUCUUUCAAUUAUUCUGGUCGGUGUUGGAGAUGGCCCAUGGGAUGAAAUGAAACGUUUUGAUGAUAACAUUCCCCAACGGGCAUUUGAUAACUUUCAGUUCGUCAAUUUUACACAAAUCAUGUCUGAGCGUUCAGAGAUGGAAAAGAAGGAAACAGCCUUUGCUCUUGCCGCACUAAUGGAAAUUCCGAUUCAGUACCGAGCCACACAACUUCUUCAAUUCAGAGAAAGCAAAAGAGGCCCUGGGGCAAGGCCACUUCCUCCUCCUCGUGAAGUAAUUGAUCAUGACAAUGCUGUCAAAUCAUUGCCACAUGUGACAAGCUAUGAACCUGUUGACUCUGAAACUGCAGAACAAGUUUGUCCCAUUUGCUUGACAAACCCAAAGGACAUGGCUUUUGGAUGCGGUCAUUUGACGUGCAAGGAAUGUGGAGUCACAUUAACAUUGUGUCCUAUAUGCCGAGAGCCCAUUAGAACUCGCAUAAGACUGUACGGCUAGAUAUGCAAAACGAUCUCCUCAACUACCUAAACUCUGCAGUUUCUCCAGGAUGUCAACAUAAAAUGUUAUUCCCGGGGGUGUAAACUUUCCUUGUUCCUUGGAGAAGAGCCCUCUGGUUGUUGUUAUAUGAUAGAUGACAUGAAAUAUAUCAAAACUGUAAAUUAGCUGUAACCUAUGUAUAGCUUAUCUGGAGUUCCUCACCUGUUAUAUUGUUUUUUGUUUAUGCACAUUUUUAGUACCUAUCUAGCAAUAUGUACAUAACUAAAUGUAUGAUAGACUUGUAUGUUGAUUUUUUUGAUAUUCUUGUCA